AUGCGUUUGUACUCGUUCUUCAUCCUUUUCGUAUUGAAGUUAUACACGAGCAUUGCUCCUAGAGUGGAGGCGAACCAAUUAGAAAACUCUGGUGUCGAACCAGUCUCUGAACCUAUCACAUUUGCUGCGAACGAGAGCGAGGAUGACCCAGAAGUAGCUGGACAAUCUCUAGACAAUAAGAGAAAAGGCACAAUCGCCACUCAUAGCGUCACAAACGAAGAGAGAAAUGGAGCGAAUAUGAGAUUAUAUCCAGAAGAGGUAAAAAGUUUCAACUUAUUGUCUAACAGUCAACUGAUACUAGACGGGAAACAAGUGGGUCUCGCGCGCAUUGAAGAACUUCUGGCAGAGCGAUCAGGAAAGGGCAUUGCCCUAAGAAACAGCAAGGUGUCUCGUGUAAAAGACUUGUUUCGGUCCAAGAAAGCUUUAAAUGCAGCAGAAAAGAAAGCUGCGGCAAAACAUCAAGCAAAGGUGGAUACACUGCUUGGGUCUAUUCUUACGAAAAUCAAUCCAGAUGUUGAUAAAAAGAACGUAUUUGAUCCUGUUACGUUUUUCAGCAAGUUGCGCUUCACACACGCAGACCUCAACGGUGGCCUGAUUACUGCUUGGCUUAAGUACUUCUAUAGGCACAAAAUCGAAGGCUCUCAAUCUGGCGAAAUGGAUCCCAUUCUUGUCAAGUAUGAAGCUUUCGAUAUGCUCAUGAAAAUUGGUGAAACGAAAGCGGAAGACCUGAUUUCUUUGUUUCAAAGAGCAGCAUCUGCAUCUGACACGAAGUAUAAGUCCUUCUGUGAGAGUAUGCAUGAUCUGGCUCAACGAGAGAGCCAAUCAAGUAUUUUUUUUGCUCGAAAAGGCUCGAACACCCCUGAGGAUUUCUACAAGGAGUUAAAUAUUAAGGCUCCUGGAGCGAAUCUGGUUUUUUUUCAGUGGCUCAGAUAUUGCCAACGUUACGAACAGGGUUUAAAGGACACCGUUGAUGCCGAGAUUGUUUAUGGCUCAGUGGCGAACAAACUGUUAGAAGAUAAAUCUUACAAUCAAAUCGCGAAGCUAAUGAAAUCACUCAGUAAGGUGCAAAGUUACGAGAAGGUGGCAAAUGAUAUCGAAUUAGCUACGCGAAUGCAAAAAGCAAAAAGAAUGGUUGACAAGGGAUAUACACCGGAAAUCGUUUAUAAUGAUUUUUUUCCAGAUGGCACGAACCCUGCUGAACACACGGACAAUUUUUUUCUGCUGCUUGAAUUUGCCGAAGUGUAUAAAGCCAAGAAUGGGUAUACAACAGAGAACCUGGUUACAUUGUUAACAAAGAAGAGCGAUGAAGGUCAAUACUUGAUGAUGGAUGCUCAUCUGCUUGAGAAGGCUGAGAGUUGGAGCUCUCCGAAAGUCAAGGAAACUGUCAAUGAGGCUCUGGAGCUGAUUUUUCAGAUGAUGUCAACGAAGCAUUUCAAAUUGUCUGAAUAUGCUCAUUGGUACAACUCAGACAAGUAUUUUCCGAAUUUAUUGCAAAAGUAUUACGAUUACGUGGCGAAAAAUCUCGUUUCGACCACUUCCACGAGAGUCAAAUCAACUUGCGAAUUUUCAUGCUCAAUUGCGUUCUGA